AAUUUUCGUUAAUGUUGUAAAAUCCGGAGUCGCUAAUUUGUACUUUCGCAAAGCCCUCUCUACUCUCUAGUCUCUCCAUCAUCAGCACAUAUUAGCCUCCCUUGUUCGCUCGCAGCUGCUGCUGCGAUAUUUUUUUGGUGCUGCCUCUCUCGAUCUUCACGGACUGGCUUCUGCUCGAUCUCACUCUUUCCUUUCUAUCUCCAGGAAAGAAAAAAAAUUAGGGUUUCGUUCCGAAAAAGCAACAAGCUCGCUCUCUCGAAUCUCGGGGGUUCAAAAGGAAGACCUAGAUUCGCUGGUCCUGUUAGGAUUCACAGAUAUACACGGCUAUUUGCUUCCAGCUUAGUUAAAUCUUCGCCAUGUUUUGGAAGCUCCCGUCUAUCUCUGCCUCCUCUCCUGUGGACUCACUAUUAGACAAAGAAAAUUUUACUUUGGACGAGCUUCUUGAUGAAGAAGAAAUUAUCCAAGAGUGCAAGGCUUUAAACAGUCGUCUCAUUAAUUUUCUUCGGGAUAGAGCCCAAGUGGAGGGACUGUUGCGUUACAUUAUAGAAGAGCCCCUAGACGAUGCUGAAAGCAAACAGACAUUCAAAUUCCCUUUCAUUGCUUGUGAGAUAUUUACAUGUGAAAUUGACGUUAUUCUCAAAACACUAGUGGAGGAAGAAGAGCUGAUGAACUUUCUUUUCUCCUUUUUGGAACCAAAUCGUCCCCAUAGUGCCUUGCUGGCUGGGUAUUUCUGCAAGGUUGUUGUUUGCCUGAUGAUGCGCAAGACGGUUCCCCUAAUGAACUAUGUUCAAGCCCAUCAGGAUGUCUUUCGCCAACUGGUUGAUUUAAUAGGAAUAACAUCCAUUAUGGAGGUGUUGAUUCGUCUGGUAGGUGCUGAUGACCAUGUGUAUCCCAAUUUUUUGGAUGUGAUGCAAUGGCUGGCAGACUGCAAUUUGCUGGAAAUGAUCGUGGAUAAGUUAAGUCCGUUGAGCCCUCCUGAAGUCCACGCUAAUGCAGCAGAAACGCUCUGCGCAAUAACUCGAAACUACCCAUCAGCCUUAGCACAUAAACUCUCUAGUCCAAGUUUUGUUGCAAGGAUAUUUGAUCAUGCACUGGAAGAUUCAUGUUCAAAGUCUGGUCUCGUCCACUCGCUUUCUGUGUGUAUCUCUUUGCUUGAUCCAAGAAAAUCUGCAGUAUCUUCUGGGCUGAUGCAUUCUUUUCGAAAUCAAAAUUUCUACGAGUCUCCAAUCCCUGUUAAUCCAGAUACCAUUAAUGCAAUGCUCCCUAAACUCGGUGACUUGCUUAGGUUACUGAAUGUGUCGUCUGAUGAGAAUAUCUUACCUACAACAUAUGGGGAACUGAGGCCGCCUCUGGGGAAGUAUCGUCUAAAGAUUGUUGAGUUCAUUGCGGUGCUAUUAAGAACGGGCAAUGAAGCUGCAGAAAAGGAAUUGGUCAGCACGGGAACUGUUCAACGUGUUCUUAAUCUUUUCUUCGAGUAUCCAUACAAUAAUGCAUUGCAUCAUCAUGUAGAAAGCAUUAUAUUGUCAUGUUUGGAGACCAAGAGUGAUACAAUGGUUGAUCAUCUUCUUCGAGAGUGUGAUUUGAUUGGUAAAAUUCUCCAAACUGAUAAACACCCCACUAUCUCUAAUGAUUCUAAUCAGCCAACUUUACCGGCUACUGGAAAACCGGUCCCACGGGCUGGAAACCUUGGACACGUAACACGAAUUUCUAAUAAACUUGUUCAGUUGGGAAGCAACAACAGCCGUAUUCAGGAAUAUCUUCAGGGAAAUGCUGAAUGGUUGGAGUGGCAAAAUACUGUUUUGCAAGAGCAUAAUGCAAUUGAAAAUGUUCACCAAUGGGCUUGUGGAAGAUCUGCUUAUAGCAGACCACCGUUGUUCUCCUUUGUAUCAAGCAAGCGCCCAACGGCACUACAAGAUAGGAGAGAUAGCGAUGAGGAUGACCUUCAUGACAGAGAUUACGAUGUAGCAGCUCUGGCUAAUAACUUGAGCCAGGCUUUUAGAUACAAAAUAUAUGGAAAUGAAAAUGCUGAAGAGGACCAUGGAGCUCUCGAAAGAGAUGAUGAGGAUGUUUAUUUUGAUGAUGAGUCUGCUGAAGUUGUUAUAUCUUCCCUGAGGCUUGGUGAUGAUAAAGGGAGCAGCCUCUUCACUAAUUCCAACUGGUUUGCGUUCCAAGAUGACAGAAUGGGUGAUGCACCGAUGAGCACAUCCCCCUCAGAAAUGAUGGAUGAGAUAAAUUUGAAUGAAAAUGCAAAUGGUGGUGAUAGCGGUAGUGAUGAUGAAGUAGUGGUUGGCGAGGAUGAUGAGCUCACUGAAAGCAAAGAUUCUUUGAAUGGCACAUCUACUUCCACUGAAAACUUUCUUAAUGGGUUCCCAGGAAGUGGUUCGGGGAACAUUGGCGACUUAAAUCUACAGAGUGAAACGGUAAAUGCUUCCCAAGAUAUGGGGGGAUUCUUCAGGUUUGAGACACCAGAAAAUGAGAACUUGUUUGGAGAUAGGCCUUUACCUGAAUGGGUUGGAUGGGGCGAAUCAUCAGAGUUGCAAGUAGGUGGAUCUAGUGUCAAUCCUUUUGAAGAUCAUGGUAAUCCUGAUCAUUCCCAUGAAGUUGAAGCAGUGGCACCUGAUGUUAGUUCUCCCUCAAGGGAGGAAUCCUUGCUUCCCAAUGGGUCGCCAACUAGCAUGGGGCCUAUUGAUGGAUUAGGGAGCUGUGAUUCUUGUCAGAAAGCUGCAUCUGUGCCCUCGCUUUUUGAAGAGGAUGUUGAAUUUGUAGGUGUCGAAUUGGAAGGGACUGAGAAGGCUAUGGAACAGGCUCUCAAGGAGGGGAUAGUUGGUGAAGCAGGACCCCUAAAGAGAAACAUGGUUCCGAAGGUUCCAGAAAAAGAUAAUCCUGAUGAUGGUGGGGUUGGAAUUAAGGAAUUCAAUGAUGCAAACUACUGGAGAGUUGAUCAAGAGGUAGCUGUUCUGAGUGAUGGUUGAUCCUUUUUGGGUUGGCUGAACCUGACACUUGGAUACCACAACCAGAGACCCAGUUUUGUUUGGUGACGACUUAUGCAGCAGACUUAUGUACAGUAUAUUUUUUUUGUUUCCAAAUGGGACUGGAUGGUAGGUUGUGCUUAAGGUCUUUAAUAUUUUACUAAUUAUUACUCUUAUUGUUUAUUCAGGGUUUUGUUUCUUCCUAUCACUGACUUAGUAGGGUUUUGCCCUUCCCAUUCGUAUUUCUGUUGUGCUG